AUGGGAAUCUUCAAAGAAGGUGGGGCAGGGGCUUACUUAGGCAUGCCUGAAUGUUUCUCUGGAUCAAAAGUUCAUCUCUUAAGCGAUAUCAAGGAUCGAGUAAAAGCUUUGGCAAUGCAUGUUUUUCUCAUGACUUGUUUCAAGCUCCCCAAAACAUCUUGUUCAAACCUUGCAAGUGUGAUGGCUGAUUUCUGGGGGAAUAAUGUUGAACACUCAAACAAGAUCCAUUGGCUGCAGAGUUGGGAGAAGCUAUGUCUUCCAAAAGAUCAAGGUGGGAUGGGUUUCAGAGACAUUGGAACGUUUAACCAAGCUUUUUUAUCUAAACAAGCUUGGAGAAUCCUCCACUUCCCCGAUUGUCUCUUUGCGAAGGUGAUGAAGGGUAAGUACUUCCCUUCCUCUGAUUUUCUAAAUCAAAACUGGGAGCUCGCCUAUCCAUUGCUUGGAGAAGCAUUUUGCAUGGAAGGAUUUACUGGUGAAAGGCCUAAAAAAAAUAUUGGAAACGGUAAAUCCAUCAGAGUUUGGAUGGACAACUGGAUUGAAGAUGGAGAAAUAAUGCCCAUGGAGGAAAAAUAG